AUGCGGUCUCAGUUACUUGCUCGUCGGACUCGGUCUUUGGUAAAGACCCAGCCUCCUUACCACCGCGCUCUCAUUUCUUCCACCCACGCUCUUCGCUAUCCUCGCAAGGAGCACCCUACUUGGUCUCCGCAAGCGACACCUCGUCUUUCCAAACGGGCGUCGUCGUCCGUCACACCUUCUGCUGUCGGAACUGACCCACCUGCGCCGCCUCUCCCUAAUCCCUCUGAACCUCCUUCUGAACCUCCCUCCGACGAUGUUGAAGAAAAAUCGAAACGCCGAACGAGUGUAUUGACGUCUAGUAAAGACGCUGACGCCUCUCCUCAGCUUCCUGAUGGAUUAGACAUCCUGUGGACACCAGAAUCUGAUCCAGCACAUCCUUCACCGUCAACGGGGUCAACAAAGGCGUUACCUCCGCCAGAGAUUUUCGAUGAGCUGCUGCAUCACCUGCAUAUUACCUUCCAUCCCCAGACCCAACACCGAGCUGUGUAUUCUUCGCCUGUGGGACCUCUCGUAGAGCCUACCUUUGCUCUUUACUGCCCAAUAGAAGGCGGAGACUACUAUAUAGACCAAACUGUUCGUGAAUUGGCAGGCCAGACGGGCGCAGAGGUGCUGGUGUUAGAUGCUGUCCAACUUGCCGCUGGCGAGUCAGGCCAUUUCGGUAAAGCUGCUUCCGUCCUUCAAAUACCCAACAACCCUUUGCAUUUCCCGUCUUCCUCGACGUCUAGCCCUGCAAGCAAUGCUCGUGCGAUGCCCAUUCCUGAGGAUGAUGAAUUUGACGACCCCACACAGUUCAUACCGACACAGCAUAUGACUUUGCACGUAUUGGCUCCGAUCACCUCGCGAAGUCGCGCUCUAUUGGCGUCUCCUGCGAGAAGUAAUCCAAUGUCAAAGCUGAAGGCCUUUUUUGACGACCUUGUCAACUUAUCGUCGGAAUCUAGGACCUUAGAUGUGUCCCCAGAUUUUUCUCCUCCCUCUCCGCCACCUCGGCGCCCGCGUAUUGUUUAUGUCCGAGAUUUCCCAACUCUCGCUCCCUCUUCCUCUACGUGGUAUCCAGCUCUCCUGAGUGCAGUUCGUCAACGGCGUCAGGGUCCGAUAUCGCGCCCGAACUCGCCUGUUGUGAAUCCAAUGACAAUUAUCUUCGGCAUAACGCCUCCUUUUAUUGCUCCAUCGUCUCCUUCCACCUCGUCGGGACCGAAUCAAGGCCUUGUGAACCUUCUUAAUUCACGUAGUGCUGCGUCUUCGGGCAGACUUACCAACCAAAAUGGCAAGUCAGAUUAUGGCGAAGACAGCUCUGGAGACAAGGGACGCGAGAAACGGAUGCUCAAACGCUUGAAGAGAUGGGCAAGGGGCGAUGUGACCUCCCAGGAUCUGCCUCAGCUUUCCGUCUCAAGUGAAGAAGCCGACGAAUUGAGCGGAUCUAAACCUCGAUCCACUAACAUUGUUGUUGUGGGUGGACCAGAGGGUCUAUCUGGUUUCCCUAGCAUGCUUGGAUCUGCAUUGCCGGGCUCUACCAGCUCUUCCUUCGGGCGCAGUAGCCACGCUUACUCAGAAACAGACGGUAAAACUCAGUUCUUCCGUACCUCAAUCGUGAUGCCUGCUUUGCGCUCACUUUCCCAUGAGAAGACCGCGCGCAUGGCUCGUCGGAGGGAGAUCAACGAGUCGACAAUGCGGAUGGGAGUCGCCGCAAUUGGCGGCGAGUUGACAAAAUGGGAACGCGAUACCGACGUCGCUCUUUCAUCCGAACAAACAUCUAUGAGUGAGAACGAGCAGGCCAUGUGGGAGGAGUGGGGCAAAACGAUACAGGUUUGGUCGGUUGUACGGCAGAUCGCAGACCGUGCGGUUGGCAGUGUGAUCGCGCAAGGAGCCCGUGAAUUACUGAAGUCUUCGCUAGAAGCGACUUCUAUUCCAUGGUCUGCUGUAUGCGACGGAUGGGCAUCACAGAGAUCGAUGCAGGACAUUUGGAAGUCGAUGUUGCAGGAUACGUCGGUCAAGAUUCUCCAUGAAAGCGAGGCAAACGCUGACAAGAAGGAAGUGGAUGACGAGCCUAGCGUAGACGAAGUUGUCGAACGUGUCAAACAGGACCCUGAUCUUGACCAGCAUGAGCAUCGAUUGCUGAGUUGUAUCGUCGAUACGACUUCCUUGUCUACCACUUUCAGUCAAGUCCAUCUCCCUCCGCAUACCAUUGAUUCGGUGCGGACGGUCGUGUCCCUCCCACUGCUGUAUCCUGUUGCGUUCCAGCAUGGCAUUCUCAAAGAGCAUAGUAUGGCAGGGUGUCUGUUGUUCGGCCCGCCAGGAACAGGCAAGACGUUGGUCGUGCGAGCACUAGCGAAGGAAGCCGGAUGCCGUAUGCUGGCGAUAUCCCCUUCUGACGUGAUGGACAUGUAUGUCGGUGAAGGCGAGAAGCUCGUCAGAUCUGUCUUUUCCCUUGCAAGGCGGCUGUCACCCUGCGUCGUCUUCAUCGAUGAACUGGAUGCGCUCUUUGGCGCCCGAGUGUCUCGCGAAACGGGAGGCGGAAUUGCUCACCGGGGCGUGAUCACCGAGUUCAUGCAGGAAAUGGACGGCCUGAAGUCAUCGAAAGAGGACAACGUCAUCGUCAUCGGUGCUACCAACCGUCCUUUCGAUCUCGACGAUGCCGUCCUCCGUCGCUUGCCUCGUCGUUUGCUCAUCGACCUUCCAGGAGAAAAGGAGCGAGAAGAGAUCUUGAAGAUACUCCUGCGCGACGAAACACUUUCCCCUGGCGUGAAUUUGAAAGACUUGGCGAAGAAGACUCAGAGCUUCUCGGGCUCAGACUUGAAACAUUUGUGUGUCUCAGCCGCCCUUGACGCCGUGAAGGAGCAUGUCGACGUUCCUUGGCGCGCGCCUACGUCGGGAUCGACGAAUCCAGUAACCCUUACUGGUUCCGCCGCCUCUGUUGUCUCUGACGCUACGCCCUCACAAGCUUCACAAGCCGCAUCGCUCGAACCAGCAGAUGCCCUAGAGGCAUCGGCAGACCAAACUAAUGCUACGAGUGGUAGCGGGCCCGCUGCAGAAACUGCUCUGCCUUCCCACAGCCGGACACUCAGCUCUCGCAACUUCGACAAGGCGCUUCAGGAGAUCACGCCGUCGGCGUCCGAGUCGCUGGGGAGCCUCGCGGAGCUGCGCAAGUGGAACGACGAGUUUGGCGAGGGACGCCGGGAGCGCGCGAAGCAGUUCUGGGGCAAGGGCAGGUUCGGGUUCGUGAUUGAGACUAACGAGAACAACAAGGUUGGUUCGAGUGAGAAUGAGCACGAGAAGAUGGAAGCACAACCGUCAGUAAGCCAUGACUCGCAUCCGGUACAGUGA